AACAGUAGUGUUGAGUGAGGUGUUCUUUGAACACGUUCUUACGGAAUUGAUUAUUGAAGAAGCGAAUGAAGGUAGUUCGGUUUUGAUCAAGUUUUAUCAGAAGUGGAAGAUGGAAACGAAGACGAGUAAACCUCCUAAAGAAAAACGGAGGAAUUCGGAGAAGCGGAAGGAGAAGUCUCGAGACGCCGCCCGUUGCCGCCGCAGCCGCGAGACGGAGAUCUUCAGCGACCUGGCGCGCGCCCUGCCGCUGUCCGAGAGCACCAUCACGCAGCUGGACAAGGCGUCCAUCAUGCGCCUCGCCAUCUCCUACCUCAAGAUUCGCAGUUUGUUGGGCAUAGUACCCAUACCUGGUGCAACAACAGAUGUCAAGGAAAUUAAAACAAAGAAGGAAUUCAACACGUGUGAUCCUCUGUAUCUCCAAGCUCUAGAGGGUUUUCUUCUUGUUGUAUCAGCAGAUGGAGAUAUGGUUUUCAUUUCUGAAAACAUUCAUGAAUAUUUGGGAAUUCCUCAGAUUGACCUUAUGGGCCACAGCAUCUAUGACUUUAGUCAUCCUUGUGACCAUGAAGAAAUUAAGGAAAUUUUAACUGUGAAGUCACCUGUACUUCCUAAAAUUCCACGUUCAUUUUUUAUCAGGCUGAAAUGCACUCUUACCAGCAAGGGAAGGAAUGUUAAUAUAAAAUCAGCUACAUACAAGGUAAUUCAUUGUACUGGUCACCUUCUAACUGGUGCCUCAUGCAAGAAAGAAAUUAAAUCUGAAUGUGGCGCUGCAGAGAACUGCAGUCAGAGCCAGCAGCAGUGCCUUGUUGCAAUAGGAGAACCCAUCCCCCAUCCUGCUAAUAUUGAGAUACCUCUUGAUAAGCAGACUUUCCUCAGCAAGCACAGUCUUGACAUGAAAUUCACAUAUGCUGAUGAAAUCAUGGGUGAAUUGCUUGGGUAUCACCCAGAUGAUUUAGUUGGCAAAUCUCUGUACGAGUACCAUCACGCAAUGGACAACAUGGAAGUGGAGAGGGGCUUCAAAAGCUUGUUUUCCAAAGGGCAAGGUCAAACUGGUCGUUACCGUUUCCUAGCCAAGAAUGGUGGAUACGUGUGGGUGGUCACUCAAGCUACGCUCAUUUAUGGAUGCAAAGGACAAAAACCCAACAAUGUGGUUUGUGUGCACUUUCUCAUAAGGAAAAUUUAUCAAAAUUACCAGCUAACAAGAAAUACAUCUCGGAUGAUGCUUCAAUGAUAACUGAGCCUACUAAAGAUCCAGACCUUGGUCAAAGGGAAGGCAUACGCAAGAACUCUUUCUCUUUACUCGAUCCAGAGAGUACAACCAUUCCGUCAUUGGCUGACCUCAGUGAACAGGACUAUGAAGUAAAUGCUCCAGUUGGGUCGAGUCAAGUGUUGCAAGGACAAGAUCUCUUAAAAGCACUUGAAGUAUCAAGUCCUAUGAUGGAAUAGAAAGACACAAAUAGUUGUGAAUGUAAAUCGUAUUAUUUGUUUUUGCAUGUAUGUACAGCAAGACAGUUCAUAUAUAUAUAUAUAUUUUUUUUUAUGGUAAUUGGUCAUAUUCUUGUCCUGUAGUUCUAUAAGUUAUGUAUGUAUGUAUGUAAGUAUGUAUGUGUGUAUGUAUAAUGAAGUAUGAGCAAAUGUAGAUCAGAUGUGUUUUUCAAUAUAUGAUUGCAUUAUUAAGAUGGUGUUAAAUAUAUUAUUAUUAUUGCAGAAAGUGAUUAAUAUUAUGUUGUUUUUUAGUGUGACUUUUAAGAUGGUAUAAAUCCAAUCACUGUUUGAUAUAGUUUUAUAGGUUGAUAUUUCUAUGGAGAAAAUCUGAAACCCUUCUUAAUUUUGAAAUUUUUGUUAAAAAAUUAACAUUCAGUCAAACACAUCAAGUGUGUUCUACUCUUUUCUCUUCUAGUAAGUACACAAUGGUGUGGAUUUUUAUUUUAUGGCUGUAUUCAUGCAAAUGUUAUCUGUCAUGUAUUUUAUGUAUUGGCUCUGAAAUAUCUUGAGCUUUACAAAUGAAUUAACAGGGUAUUCAAACAGUUUAACUUUUUGAUUAUAAUUUAAUAUAUAUUUUUUUAUAUUAUUGCUUUUAUUUGAAUCCUAUGAUUGAUGUCUGUGAAGAAUAUCAAGGAAUUUUAUUCUUGUUUCUGUGUAGCGCUGUGCCUGUACAUACAGUUGGGAUACACAGGUGGAGGAUGUAAUAUGGUAGAGAGAGUAGUAAUAGAAAGUAAAAGGAAUUGUAUUGCAGUGUUACUAUUAUUUUCAGCAAUGAUGUAUGAUAUUAUGUAUUGUUAUUGUUUACAUUAAAUUACUUUGCAUUGCAUUGCAUUUUGGUGUUCAUUAUGCUUGAAAAAAGGUCAUGUAAUUAUUAUUAUUACAUUACAAAUUGAUAACUCUUUUAAGGAGCUUGUGAGAAAAAGUUUUCUUCUUUUCAUUAAAUAUACAUUUUACUUCACAUUGAUAACGUAAGUUACUGUGUUUGACAAUUAGGUGGUUCAAUCCAAGUUCUCAUUUAUUUCUUGGAAGAGAGCUUUUCUUGAUGGUGUGUAUUUCCUUAAUUAAAAUCUACUAGUUCUUAAUUUGUUUUAUUUUUUUAAACAUUUUUAUAAUGGUUGCAAUGAUCUUUCCUCCAAGAAAUAACUGUAGGAAUACAAGUACUGUAGGUUUUUCUUCUUUUUUUUUUCUUUUCUUUUCUUUUCAUUUUUUUUUUCUUUUUUUCUUUUCAUUUUUUUUUUAUCUCAAUUAUUUUUAACCUCUUCAAGAAGUAAUUUUUUAAGGAAGUAAUAGUGGUGCAAUUUCACUUGAGGAUUUGUUUUAGUCAAGAAAGAAUUAUGUGGGUUCCAUUUUAUACUUUGAGUUCAUUGUAAAUGAGUAUGACAAUACUUGUGGCACGCACUUAGCUAUCUAUUUUAAUUUUUUAUUGUGGAAGCAGUUUCUAUGAAUGGACUUAGUUUCUUAGAGACUACGUUUUAACACUAUCUCAUUUGUUGCGUGCUGGAUAUUAUGUUUCUAAUGUGCAUGUUCUCUUGAAAACAUGAGAAAUUAUUUUUGUUGGAUAGAAAUGUAUUAAAAAUACUGUAGAGUUUCAAGAGAGUUGGUAAACUUAUUAUGUAGGAAUAAGUGCCUGUGGUUUCUAUAGAGGAUGCAUAACAUUUAACGAGAGUGAUAUAUAACAUGUCAUGCAAGUUCUUUGCACAAUUAUAUGUUUUUAAGCAAUUAUAAUUUCUGUAUACUCAUUUCACUUCAGUUUCAAUUAGGUGCACUUAACAAGAAGUGAAUGAUAUGUACCAUAUGUGUAUCAUAGUAUGAAUUAUUAGACUGAUUUAUUGAUUUGAUCUUUUCAAUGUUAUUAAAUGUGUUGUAAUUCAUUCUUUUUUAUUCUGACAAUUAUUCUAUAUUUUAUGUUGCCUUCUUAAAUGUUUUUAUGCCUAAAUAUGUAUGUAUAAUAAAUAAAUUUUUAUGCAAUUUUAAUUAAA